CUAUGUUUGGAAACAUGGCGGGUAUCUGCUCGUCACCGCUAUGGGAUACAAAUGUGACCUGGGAUACUCCUACUCCUGACUUCACACCAUGUUUCCAGACAUCCAUACUUGCUUUGGUUCCCUGUUUUUUUCUUUUCCUACUUGCCCCCUUCAGGAUUUUUUUGUUGUGGCGUCACAAGUUGAAAGUUAUCACCUGGACAUGGCUGAGUGCAUUAAAAGUGGUUGUACUGGGUAUGUUGAUGCUUUUUGCCUUCUAUGAGUUUAUCAUGGGCAUAGUAAGGAGAGCUAAUGAUGACACCAAACCAAUAAUUGACAUUUUAUCACCCCUCUGUGUGGUUUUUACAAUGGUGCUGGUUUUCAUCAUUAUUGUAUUGGAAAAAAAUCGUGGCUAUAGAACUUCUGGAGUGCUUGUGUUGUUCUGGCUCAUUUAUCUUGUGUCAGGAACUUUACGUCUACAGUCGGUCAUUAGAAUUGCCAUAAACACUGGCUACUCAUCCCCAUCUUUGUUUGUCCAUUAUCCGUGUCUUCUGUUUGCAUUCAUUUUGUCUGUGUUGGUUGACUCAAAACCGGCAUCUGAAAAAGAACCAGAGAGUGAGAAACCAUGCCCAGAAAAGGAAAGCUCAUUUUUGUCGCAGUUGACAUUUUGGUGGUUUACAGGCAUGGUGGUUCAAGGCUACAAAAGAGCACUGACCCAAACUGACCUAUGGUCUCUGAACAAAGAAGACACCACUGAAUAUGUUUCAAGGGCAUUUUACCAGAAAUGGAACCGGACCAGAGAAUUACCUGUUGCCUCUACUGCUAAUGGAGAUGUUCAUGAGACAAGUUUCAUGUACAAGGAAGGGAGCGCUAUCCUCGUACCUUAUGCCUUUGUGGAAGACAGCAGGAAACAAAAGCGAACUCUAUUUUCUGCCUUGGUCCGGACAUACAUUUGGUUUUUUCUCUUGGCUGCUAUUUACAAAUUUUUACAUGAUUGCCUUAUGUUUGUCAACCCAUAUUUGCUCAAAUUACUAAUCCGGUUCACAAGUUCAGAUGAAUACAUGUGGCGAGGCUACUUCUAUGCAGCAAUGCUACUUGUUAUAGCUUUAGUUCAGUCUCUCCUGUUACAUCAGUACUUCCAUGCUACUUUUUUGCUUGGUAUGAGGUUGAGGUCCACUAUAACUGCUGUCAUCUAUAAAAAAACCUUGAGAUUGUCCAACACUGCCAAAAGAUCAUCAACAGUUGGUGAAAUUGUCAACCUAAUGUCAGUUGAUGCCCAGCGCUUCAUGGACCUGACAACCUACCUGCACACCAUUUGGUCAGGCCCAUUUCAGAUAAUUGUGGCAUUGUACUUCCUGUGGCAGACUCUAGGUCCCUCAUCUCUAGCAGGUAUUGGGGUGAUGGUGUUGCUGAUACCAUUGAAUGCUCUACUUGCUAACAAAAGCAGACAGUAUCAAGUAGAACAAAUGACUUUGAAAGAUUCAAGAAUAAAAUUAAUGAAUGAAAUUCUAAAUGGCAUGAAAGUUCUGAAGCUUUAUGCUUGGGAAAGCUCCUUUCAAGAUAAAAUAAUACACAUUCGCAAUAAAGAGCUGAAAGUUUUAAAGAAGGCAGCUUACCUGAAUGCCAUUAGUUCAUUCUUCUGGACCUGUGCACCUGUGCUAGUAUCACUCUCCACAUUUGCUGUGUAUGUGCUGUCAUCCUCUGACAAUGUACUAGAUGCUCAGAAGGCCUUUGUUUCAUUAGCUUUGUUCAAUAUUUUAAGAUUUCCUCUUUCCAUGGUCCCAAAUGUCAUCACAAACAUUGUUCAAGCAAAUGUUUCUUUGAAAAGAAUACAAAAUUUCCUGAAUAAUCCAGAACUAGACCCUCAUAGUGUAGAUAAAGAAGAUGAAGAAGAUGGUGUGGCUGUAAAGAUAGAGGAUGCCACUUUCUCCUGGGAGGAUGGAACCAACACACUGACAGACAUCAGUCUAACAGUGGAGGAUGGGUCUCUAGUGGCUGUAGUGGGAGCUGUUGGAGCUGGAAAGUCUUCCCUGCUGGCUGCUAUGUUGGGUGAAAUGGACAGAGUCACUGGCGCUGUCAAUGUCAAGGGCUCUGUGUCCUAUGUUGCUCAACAAGCCUGGAUCCAGAAUGCCACUUUGAAAGACAACAUCCUGUUCAACAAGAGCCUGGACCAACAGCGGUAUGACUCUAUUGUUGAAGCUUGCGCACUGACCACAGACCUUGAGAUACUACCUGCUGGGGAUAGAACAGAGAUAGGAGAAAAGGGCAUAAAUUUGUCUGGUGGUCAGAAGCAGCGUGUGUCUCUGGCCAGGGCAGUGUACCAGGACACAGAUGUGUACCUUCUAGAUGACCCUCUGUCAGCUGUUGAUUCACAUGUGGGCAAACACCUGUUUGAGAAGGUCAUUGGCCCAGAGGGGAUGCUGAAAGGAAAGACCAGGGUUCUGGUGACCCAUGGCAUCAGUUUCCUGCCUCAGGUGGACAAGAUUAUUGUUCUGGUCAAAGGUCAAGUGUCAGAGGUUGGUUCCUUUGCAGAGCUGAUGAAACGAAAUGGGGCUUUUGCUGAGUUUCUCAGGAAUUACUUAACAGAGGAGAUGAAGGAGGAUGAGAGUAACUUGGAUGACCCUGAUGGCCAAUCGACAUCAAGUAAUGAUGCUUUAAGCAGGACAGAAGAGCUCUUAUCCCAGAUUGGCUCCUUGGUAGACGAUAACAGUGCUCUACAGAGGCAGGUCUCAAAGAUCAGUCAGCGCUUACGCUCAGAUUCUGAGCUCUCGAAGGGCAGCGACACCUCCCUCCCCACCUCCACCACCUCACCCUCCAGCAGGAGGAGACAAGACAAGUCUGACGUUAUAGACAGCAUCAAUGAAGAAGACAAAAAACUUUUGGAUGAGCCAAAGGAGAAACAGGGAGACAAACUAGUGCAGGCAGAGACGGCUGAAACUGGCAGGGUGAAGCUGAACGUGUUCAUGGCCUAUGUUCGUGCCGUUGGAGCCUUGAUGAGUGUGGUGAUCUUAUUUUUCUACGUGCUGUACAACUCUGCCAGCAUCUACUCCAACAUCUGGCUCAGUGAGUGGAGCAACGACGCCCGCAACCCCAACAUCUCCAGGGACGACGACCAGAGGAAUAUGAGGCUGGGUGUCUACGGAGCCUUGGGGAUUGUGCAGGGCAUCUUUGUCUUCAUUACUGCCUUGAUGAGACUUCUGGGGGGCGUCAGGGCCACCAAGAUCCUCCACUCAGCACUUUUAGGAAACAUUGUCAGGAGCCCCAUGAGCUUCUUCGACACGACGCCAUCAGGUCGCAUUGUGAACCGCUUCAGCAAGGACGUUGACACCUUGGACUCUGUGAUCCCCAUGAUCGUGGGCAUGUUCUUGAUGUGCGUGUUUCAGACCACCUCCACCAUACUGGUCAUCUCCAUCUCCACGCCCAUGUUUCUCAUCUGUAUCGUGCCUCUGCUAGUUUUCUACUACUUUGUUCAGAGGUUUUAUGUGGCCACGUCGAGGCAGCUGAAGCGCCUGGAGUCAAUCAGCCGGUCCCCCAUCUACUCCCACUUUGGUGAGACCAUCACUGGGGCCAUGACAAUCAGGGCCUACGGGCAGGAGGAGCUUUUUGUCAAGGAAUCUCAGAGGAAGGUGGACUUGAACCAGAUGUCUUACUACCCUAGCAUUGUGGCUAACAGAUGGCUGGCCAUUCGUUUAGAAAUUGUGGGCAACUUCAUCAUCUUCUUUGCCUCCUUGUUUGCUGUUAUAGGUCGUAAUGACCUGAGUCCAGGCAUUGUGGGCUUAUCUAUAACCUACGCCAUGAAUGUAACUCAAACCUUGAACUGGCUAGUACGUAUGACAUGUGACCUGGAGACCAACAUAGUGGCUGUGGAGAGGAUCAAAGAGUACACAGAGACACCCACAGAGGCUCCCUGGGUUAUUGAGAGUAACCGGCCACAACCAGAGUGGCCAGAUAAAGGUGUUGUGGAGUUCAAGGACUUGAAACUUCGCUACAGGGAAGGUCUUGACUUUGUGCUCAAGGGAAUCAACUGUACUAUUCAACCAGGGGAAAAGGUGGGCAUAAUUGGUAGAACAGGGGCAGGUAAAUCAUCCUUGACGAUUGCCCUUUUCCGUAUCAUUGAGGCAGCAGAAGGCAGCAUAUCAGUAGAUGGCAUUGAUAUAUCAACCAUAGGACUCCAUGACUUGCGAUCUAAGCUUACAAUUAUACCACAGGAUCCAGUACUUUUCUCUGGCACACUGAGAAUGAACCUUGACCCCUUUGAGACCCACACAGACGAGCAGAUCUGGUCAGCACUGGAACACGCCCACCUCAAGUCUUUUGUGUCUGGGCUGGAGAAGGGGCUUCUGUUUGAGUGCUCUGAGGGUGGGGAAAAUCUCAGUGUUGGACAGCGCCAGUUGGUGUGUCUGGCCCGCGCCCUGCUGCGUAAGACACAAGUUCUGAUCCUGGACGAGGCCACGGCUGCUGUGGACCUGGAGACUGACGACCUGAUUCAGGCCACCAUCAGAAGUGAAUUUGAGAAGUGCACGGUGCUGACAAUAGCACACAGACUCAACACUAUCAUGGACUACACAAGGAUAAUGGUUUUGGACGCUGGUAGAAUCAAAGAGUUCAACGACCCUAAAGUCCUGCUACAAGAUCACAGCAGCACAUUUUACAGCAUGGCUAAAGAUGCAGGUUUAGCCUAAUCUACUUUUGGCCAAUCUCAGUCUCAUUUCACUUUUUAGUUAACAUUUUUCCUGUUGUGAGUACAUGUUUUUUUUCAUGGACCCUUGGAUGUAUAUUUUUUUUUACUAAAGAGUAGAUGAAAUUUAUCUGCAAAUUGAAGUUGUGAAAUCCAUUCUUUAAAGAUAUCAAAUUUUGUUUUUGUAUAUAGAUAUAAAAAAUACUUUCACUAAAACCUUUUUGGUACCUUGCCUUGUAUAUUUGAGGCAGCUCAGUUGAAGAAAAAUGCUAAUUUUAUAAUCUCAUCUCCAAAAAUUCUCCCCUCUCAGUGUGCACUGGUACUUAUACAAAUGUGCCAUGUUUGUAAAGAUAUUUAUUUUUCUUUCUUGAAGGAUAGCACAGCAUCUACCUAGCUAUGUAAAGGUCUAAGCAAUAUUUUACACUUUAAACCAAGCUACUCUAGUCAUUUAGAGUUUGUUUUACUUAUACUUUAAGUAACUUAUCAUUUUACAUUUUUUAAAAUACAUUUACUUUAGUACAAACAGAUAAGAUUUCAUUGUUAAUUGUUGACAUAGGUAACAAUUUAUUUUUUUAAUUUAAUUGAUGUUUUUAUGGUGGUAGGAUAUACUUAAAUUUAUAAUUGACAUGGAUAACAAUGAUAUAAUGUCACAAUUUUAUAUAUAUAUAUUUAUAUAAUGAAACAUGACCAUGGGUUUAUUAAUACAUAAUUUAGCAAAGAUAAUUUUCUAAAUUAAAAUUGUUGAAUAAGUUACAACAAUGUUGUUGUUUCUGACAUAGGGCUUGGUGUAAAUAUGCUAUAAAUAUCUUGCUAAGUUUACAACUCAAUGACAAAUAUGACAGCAGCUUUAUAUAUACAAUCACCCUAUGUAUAAAUGGUGGUGACCGCUAUUGUUCUAUUGUGAUGUAUGGCGGCUUAUGUACAACUGUAAGGACACCAUGACUAAAUGUUAGCUGUGGGGGUGGAGGCAUCAGUCUUGUCAGAAAUGAAUAUCUUGCCUGUAAAUGCUUGCCCUUACCAUAGUGUGUUCCCCCUAAACUUACAAUUGAUUAGGUAGGUAGGAUAUUAAAGCAAGUAGUCUUUUUGAACAAAACCAUCAUCAUACGUUAACGCUGGUUAUUUAAUUUAAUAUUCACUUGGAUGUAGUGCAUGAUUUUUUAAAUUGUUUUACAUAUGUUAAUCACAUAUAAUCAUUGAAUACUUUUCUUGUGGGACUUAGUCCAUGCAUAAUAUUCCUCCACACAUUAUUUUAUAGAAACAUUCAGGUUUUGUAAGCUGGGUCUAUAAUGUGUCUAACUGUAAACAUGUGUGUUGAGGGUUUUGAGUAGCAGAAAGUACAAUGUGUUGAUGCUUAGCUUGCUGGGUCUAAUGUGUUUAGGCUUAGCUUGGUGGGUCUAAUGUGUUUAGGUUU